AUGGAAAGUAAGGAAAGAUUUUCAUUACUGCUAUUGGAACCAGGAGAGUAUUAUUUUGAAGAUUACAUUGCUUCAUUAGCAAUAGCCAAGAAUGAUGCAUGGCUUAAUGGACGGCUUAAAGUGUGUUCAUUAUCAUUAGUAUUUGAUCCAAAGGACUAUUACAGGCCAAUUAUAAAGAUACCUUUUACGCAAUGUGAAUCCAUUAACCAAAGUUCAGAUGAAGAUAAAAGUACAUUAAAUGUUAUAAGUAAACAAUAUAUUGAAAUGUUAAAUCAUAAUGUGUUGGAACCUUAUAAAUUUAUUAAUGAAAUAUCAGUGUUCAGAAUUAAUUUAAAAUAUGCUAAAGUAGAUGACUGUUUAUCAUUUAUAUUACAAUUACACCGAGCAGCUUCUUUACAAACUGCAGAACAUAGACAUAUGGUUGCAGCUAUAGCGUAUGGUAGACAGACACUAAUUGCAUUUGACCCGACAUGGUUGGAACUUGGUGAAAAUAUUAUAAUGGAAGUAGUAGGUCAAAAAAUAACACCUCUAAGUAUUAAUCCUGGAAGAAUUGUGUUGACUUGUUUACAUGUGUAUUUCCAACCUUUUAACAAUAUUGAAGUGACAUUAUAUUUAAAAAUAAAGUUGUCUGAAAUAAAACGAAUCAUCAAAAGAAGGUUUAUGUUACAACAAGUUGGUUUAGAAUUAGAAUAUGAACUAACUACUCAACUAUACUUGACAUUUAAAAGUUCUGAAAUACGAGAUAACUUAUACAAUAAUUUAUUAAAUCAGUCAAAAGUAAAAAUGGAAAAACGUGAAAAAUGUAUUAUGACUCUGAAAUGGCAAUAUGGCGCGUUAUCUAAUUAUGAUUACUUACUUUACUUAAACAGUUUAGCCGAUAGAACUUUUAAUGAUUUGACACAGUAUCCUGUCUUUCCUUGGGUGGUAGCUGAUUAUUCAUCGAUUACUUUGGAUUUAACAAAUCCAAAAACAUUUCGUGAUCUCACCAAACCAAUUGGAGCCUUAAAUUUAGAAAGACUUUUAAAACUUAAGGAAAGAUACAAUGAAAUGAACUCGCCUAAAUUCUUAUAUGGGUCUCAUUAUUCAACUCCUGGUUUCGUUUUAUUUUAUUUAGUAAGAAAAUAUCCUCAGUACAUGUUGUGUUUGCAAAAUGGCAGAUUUGAUCAUCCAGACCGAAUGUUUAAUAGUUUAUCAGAUACUUGGAGAAACGUAUUAAAUAAUAUGUCAGAUUUUAAAGAGCUAGUUCCAGAGUUUUAUGACACUGAUCAAUGUUCUGAUUUUUUAACUAAUAAGUAUGGUAUUGAUUUUGGAUGUCGACACGAUGGUCGCAAAGUUGGUGAUGUUGAAUUACCACCAUGGGCAAACAAUCAUGUAGAAUUUAUUUCUAAAUUAAGAGAAGCUUUAGAAUGUGAUCAUGUGUCAAAAAAUUUACAUAAUUGGAUCGAUCUUAUUUUUGGAUAUAAACAAAAUGGACCAGAAGCAAUUGAAGCAAAUAAUGUGUUCUACUACUUAUGUUACGAGGGAGCAGUAGACUUAAACAAUGUUCGAGACUGGAACCAAAGACAUGCUUUGGAAGUGCAAAUUAUGGAAUUUGGACAAAUACCAAAACAAAUAUUUAAAAAACCACAUCCACCAAAAACAUGUUUAUUGAUAAAAGAUUUUCAACAGUUUGGAAUCAUGUCAAAAAUAGAGCAAUAUUGGAAUUGGAAUAAAAUUAAUGUAUCAAAAUUAUUUACUACGACUAAACAUAGAGAUAAAGCCACCAGUGUAAAAUUUACCGAGGAUAUGAAAACAGUUUGGUCAGUUGGACUAGAUGCUAUGCUUAAAGUUCAUUGUAUAUCAACUCAAAAACAAUUAAGAAAUGUAACCGUGCGUGGAUUUCCUGUUAAAUUUAAUGAUUUAGUUUUGCCAUCAAUGUAUUUAUCAACAGCCUUGAUUGCUACCAUGCAUGGCUCCUUGAUUGUAUAUGAUAUCGAUUGUUGUCGUGUAGUAGAUGAUUUUAGAGCACAUGAAGAUUCCAUAUCUAGUUUAGCAUGGUCUAAUAACGGCUUCUUGAUAACUGGUUCUUUAGAUUGUUCUGUGCGCAUUUGGAAAACUCCACAAGUUCCUUGGACACACAUUGAAUUAAUUAACUCACUUAAAGCUGAACUAGAACAUGAAAAUAAGAUAACUAGUUUAGCUCUCUCUCAGGAUGAAAAAUUAUUGGCAACUGGCACUAAUGUAGGAGAAAUCUUUUUAUGGUCUUUCCUUGACUAUUCCUUCAUACAACAGUUACCAGGACAUGCUGGUAGUGUAAAUAAAAUGAGUUUUAGUCCUGAUUGCUCAAAACUACUUUCGUGUUCUGAUGAUUGCAGUUUUAAGGUGUUUGAUUCUCUUAGUGGUCUGGAAGUUUAUACUAAUACUCUAAAAUGUCCAUUAAAAUCUUUAGCAUGGGAUGGAUAUCAUGUUUUGGUUGGUGGUCAAAAUGGAAUCAUGUAUUUAUGGGAUUUAGAAAAAUUUGAACUUAUUAAUGAAGUUCAAACACAUUCUGACGGAUUAUUAGCUAUUGAUGUUUCAAAUGAUGGUAAUAUGGUAGCAACAGCCGGAGACCGUUUUAUUAACGUAUGGAAAAUAUCCUGUGAUGUUUAAAAAUUGUUUAGUUAUAUUAGUUUUUUAUUGAUAUAUAUAUAUAUAUUUUUUUUUUUAUUUUUCU